GUAAAGUAAGCCGGCCAGAUGAAGGGUGAGUCAAGCCAACUUUCUCUUUGAGAUGCAACCGCCCAACCAACUACCUAUUGCCCAUCAUCACGUCUCUUUCAAGAAGAAAACCAAGCACCGUGGAAAAAAAGCGUCAGCUUACCAGGCACAGUGGGCCUUCGUGCCUCGUAUCGGCCUCGGCGUGUACCAACUACGGGGGGAAGACUGCUUCCGAGCAUGCGUGGCGGCCCUGGAGGCCGGAUACCGACCCAUCGACACGGCGCAGCUCUACGGCAAUGAGGCGGAGGUGGGCUGGGCCACCAAGAAGUCCCUGCAGCAGCAGCAGUCACAAUUCAAUGAGAAGGCGCCCGUAAAGCGAGAGGACAUACUCUGGACGACCAAGAUGGGUCGCACGGACGGCGGCGCGGAGCAGACGUACCGCAGCGCGCUGCGCAGCGUGAGACGGGUCGCCGGCGAUGACGGGGACAGGGGCAGGGACGGGUACUAUGUCGAUUUGUAACUCGUCCGCAGGCC